ACUGACAAGAGUCAGUAUUCCCAGCUCAAAAUGGGCAACAAGCAAACCAUUUUCACUCAAGAGCAACUGGAUGCAUAUCAGGACUGCACAUUUUUCACAAGGAAAGAAAUUCUGAGGCUGUUUCACAGGUACCGAGACCUGGCCCCGCAGCUCGUUCCCCUUGACUACUCGGCCAAACCAGCCGUGACACUCCCCUACGAGCUCAUCAGCAGCAUGCCAGAGCUCAAGGACAACCCAUUCCGGCAGCGCAUAGCUGAGGUGUUCUCCGAGCACGGUGACGGCAACAUGACUUUGGAUGAUUUCCUGGACAUGUUUUCUGUGCUAAGUGAAAUGGCUCCCCGAGACUUGAAGGCUUAUUAUGCUUUUAAAAUUUAUGACUUCAACAACGAUGAUUACAUAUGCAAAUCAGACCUAGCGAAAACUGUUAACAAAUUAACCCGGAAUGAACUGACCCCAGAAGAAGUCAGCCUGGUGUGUGAGAAGGUGAUUUAUGAGGCUGAUGUGGACAAUGAUGGCAAGCUGUCCUUGGCAGACUUUCAGCAUAUGAUUGUACGAGCUCCAGAUUUCCUCAGCACCUUUCAUAUUCGAAUCUGAAUUUAAUCAACCUCGGGGAUGGGAGAGCUUCUGGGACUUUCAACAAC